AUGGAUUCAAAUAAUUUGCCAGCAGGAUGGACAUCUCAUUAUGAUCUAAAUAGCAAAAACUAUUAUUAUAUCAAUCAGGCGACAGGAGCUUCUCAAUGGCAACAUCCAGGACAGUCACCUGGGCAAUACGCACCUCCGUCUCAACCUCAACCGCAAUCUCAAUCGCAGCCUCAACCACAAUCUCAACCUCAACCACAAUCUCAACCUCAAUCUCAAACACAAUCUCAACCUCAAUCUCAAACACAACAAUUCCAUAGACAGGAUUCAUAUCCUAUGCCAAGUCCUCAAACACCGCAACUCCAUAGACAGGAUUCAUAUCCUAUGCCGACACCACAAACAUAUAGUUAUCCUGGACAAUACCAACCACCCUCUAGCGGGCAAUAUCAAGCGCCACCGAGUGGGCAAUACCAACCACCGCCGAGUGGGCAAUACCAACCGCCACCUAGCGGGCAAUAUCAACCGCCACCUAGCGGGCAAUAUCAACCGCCACCUAGCGGGCAAUAUCAACCACCACCAUCUGGACAAUACCAACCACCACCACCUGGGCAAUACCAGUCACCGCCUACAAGUCAAGACGACAAAGGCGACAAAGGCGACAAAAAGGGUCUGUUUGAUAAGGUUGAUGCUUCAAAGAUAGCAUUAGGAGUUGGAGGCAUGUAA